AUGUUACAUAAAGUUUUGGUUAUUGGCUAUCAAAAUGCCUUCCAAAAUUAUAAGGAUUUAUUAAUAAGUGAUGUACUGCCAUGGUUACGAGAGCUAACUGGUAUUGACCUGUAUGAGACUGUGGAUGCAACUUGUGCUAAAUACGAUUAUACAGAUGUGUUAUUGUGUCAUGAUGAUGAGCUGGAGGGUAGAAGGAUUGCAUACAUAUACUAUCUUGUAGAUCCUUCAUGGGAGAAAAAAGAUGGAGGGACACUUGAUCUAUUUAAUACUGAUGAGUUUGGCCAGCCUCAUCAGAUAGUCCAUUCUAUUGUUCCUUUGUGGAACUCCUUUGUAUUCUUUGAAGUCACUCCAAUCUCUUUCCAUCAAGUAUCUGAAGUGUUGACGGCUUCAAAGACUCGUCUAACAAUCAGUGGCUGGUUUCAUGGGCCGUCAUUGCCCCGCCCAUCUCCUUAUAAGGAAGUCAUGCCAUUAAUGUACCACCCACUGGAUAAACCAUUAGAGGUGUUGGCGGAGUGGGUUAGUCCAGUGUAUCUUGAUGUUGGUACACAAUCACAGAUAAGGGAACAAUUUGAGAGUGAAUCACAAAUUGAAUUACCUGACUUCUUAAUAGAGGAUAAAUAUAAGUUGUUGUGCAAUGACUUAAAUAAAAAGGUAAACAUCUGGGAGAGAAGAGGACCACCUAAUAAAAGAAAUAUUGAAGUUGCCCAACCAGACAAACUGUUACCAUUACCUACUGAAUGUCACUCCCUUUUUCUGUCUGAGCCUUUCUGUCUCCUCCUCUCUCAUCUUACUGGCCUACAGCUAACAUCUCAUACUCUAAACCUCAACCCUAAUGAUGAUGUAUCCAUUAUGCCAGAGAGUAAUAACACUCCUUGUAACUGUCAUGGUGACUGGUACCGCUGGCAGCAUGGUGGAUACACACUGAUGAGUGAUAGCACCAGCACUGUUAAUGGAGAGAAUGCGGAAGAGUUCUCACUUGAUGCAAAGCUAUUUUUUAAUACAGAAG